GUGCACCGGCGACACAACUGACGAACGCCUUCACGGAGGGGGGAGAAAAGCAGAAGAAUCAAACGAACUGCCGAUUUAGCGUCACCCGUGGGCUUCUUUCCUCUUCGUCGUCGUUCUUUUUUUCUUUUAAGCAUUCUUAGACAAAAACUCACUUAAGUUAACUGAACUCUUUCUUUUUCCCGUUCUCUUCCUCGGUUUGCAGCAACUCGUUGCACAGCAUUGAUAGUUGCCUUUCGAGACAAUAAAGCUACGCACACGUUCACGCGGCCACUGACCUGGCGUUUGUAUUUGUCUGUCAGUUUCUCUCCCGCUUCUCUCUUUCUUUCUGUAUUUUUUGCGGCGUUUGCAAAGUCCGUUGCUGAAGUGCGGGGAAAGAACUACCCUUUCAAAUAGCUCUUUAAUUGUUGUAUUUCAAAAGAACGAUACAAAGAAACAGCCAUCGACGCCUCUCCGUCCCUUUUUUUUUUUCAAGCAUUGUCUGUAUCUUGUCCAGUGUAGCGGCACUCCUCACAAAUGCCGUACAUUCGUAGCCGUCAGCGGACGAUGAGUUCCGUGUCCGUGGCACUCAGCAGCGUGCCACUGAUGGAGCGCUUCGGUGUGCUUGGGACGUCCGCCGCAUUUUUGCUGUCCUUCUUAGCGCAGCGUUACUACCUCCGCAUCUUUGGCAAGUCCAUUCGCCAGGUGCACACCGAGGACGACACGCGGGUGACAUGGUCGCUGUUUGGCAACUUUUUUCAAAUUGCCCGCAUCGCCCUCCCGACGUGGCGCUGCCGCGAGUUUGCCGGCACGACCAUCUUCAUUCUGCUCUUCGUUGUGAAGGCGGUGCUACGGGUGUGGGUGUCGAAGGCGAACGGCGAGGUACUCGCCACAAUGCUGCACGGCGCCAUCUCGCAGCGGCUCUACCGCUUCGUGCACAAGAUCCUCAUUCGCACAGCUGUGGGUCUUGCGUCUGCCAUGACGAGCGGCGUCAUCGAGGGCCUUCGCCCGUGGCUCAUUGGAUGCUACCGUGAGCGCCUUUGCCACACUUUCCAGCGACGCUUCUACAAGCACCUCGUCUACUACCAAGCGACGGUGCUGGACAACCGACUAGAGGCGGCCGACACGGUCAUUGCGACCUACUGCGGUGAGUUUGCGGAGCACUUUGCGGAGCUGCCGUAUUACUUUGUCCUUCCUGGUUUGGAAUGCGCGACCUCCAUGACGGCGCUGGUGCAGCAGGCAGGCCUGCGCCCCGCGCUCAUUAUGAGCGGCAUCACCACGGUGGCCGUGCUGGUCCUGCGCGCCCUCUCCCCGGCGUUUGGCCGGAUUCAUUCCCGACUGCUCUCCCUCGAGGACGACUACCGCCGCAUGCUGACGAACGACAUGAACGACGUGGAGAACAUCGCGAUGCACAACGCGGGCCUCUACACUCGUAGGCGCCUCGACGUGUCGCUGGCGAAGCUGAAGUACACGCUAGACCACAUGGCCCUCGCCAAAGGCAACUUUGAGAUGCUGGAGACAACCUUCUCCACCUUCAUGACCGUCAUGGCGCACAUCGUCACCUUUGGCAGCUCCCGCAAGACCUACUUCCACCGCUCCGUCAACGACGUGUACCUCGAGAUUCAGCUCAUCGAGGACCUCAACUCGAGCGUGAAGGACUUCGUCGUGAACUUCCGCGAGCUGUCUCAUCUGACCGAGUUCGCCACCAAGAUGGCCGCGUUCGACACGACGCUGCAGAGCAUCGCCGCGGGCACCUUCAUUCGCGAGGCCCCGACGAUCGGGGACGAGCCGCGGCCCAACACGCCCAUCGAGUACACACCGGUCGAGCGCAUCACCCACGUUAAGGGCGCCGAGGUCUUUCCCCUCGUCAAGAUGGAGAACGUCGUGCUGGAGUCCCCUACGGGCCAACCUCUCUUCGAGGGCAUGAGCGUGAACUUCAUGAGCGACGAGGAUUGGGUUCUCAUCGGCGAGAAUGGCUGCGGUAAGACGUCGCUGCUGCGCAUGCUGUGCGGCUUGUGGAUGCCCAAGACGGGUCUGCUCGCACAGGACGACUCGGUGCGCUUUCUCUUAGCGCCGCAGCACAGUUACAUGGCGCCGCAAUGCACCUUGUAUGAGCAGCUCGCCUUCCCGAAGCCAGUGAAGGUGCCCACCCAGCGGAUUCGGAAGGCGGUGGUGGAGGCGAUCGAGCUGGCCGGUGCGCAGACGGUGGUGAACGUGAUUCGGGGAUACGAGAGCCCCGUCAUGGGCCUAGACCUCGACGACGUCGACGAGUCCUACGACUGGUCUAGCCUCAGCGGUGGCCAGAAAGAGCGCAUCAGCAUGGCACGCGUGUUCUUUCACAUCUUAUGCAUGGAUCGCAGCCGCGAGACGCCGGUCGCGAUUCUCGACGAGGCGACGUCGAUGAUGGACGACACGGAGCAGGACGUCCUCAACCACCUGCGCCGUCUUAAGGUGCGCAUGAUCUCCGUCACCCACCGCGACGUCGUCAUUCGGCACCACACGAACAUCCUCAAGAUCUCCCACGGCGGCAAGUGGUCCGUCGAGAAGGUGACCAACACCGUCAAAAUUGGCGAGCGCGUCGAGACGGAUGAUAAGACGGUUUAA